CAAAGCAUCUGCCCAAUUUGAAUAUAAAGAAUAUUAUGUAGGUUCAUAGAGGGCCACUUGAUUUGCCUUCAAAAAUGUAAGGACCAACAAUGUAGAUUACAACUAGAAAGGGAUCAAGACUACGAUAUUUAAGGACCAUCUUUCCAUCAUUUGAUUCUUCGUGAGUGUUCAGGAUUUCUGUUUCCCAGGUCCAAGCUGCAUCAUCCACCGAUGCCCAAUUCAACCACCGUGAUGGAAUUUCUCCUCAUGAGGUUUUCUGAUGUGUGGACACUACGGAUUUUACAUUCUGCAUCCUUCUUUAUGUUGUAUUUGGUAACUCUAAUGGGAAACAUCCUCAUUGUGACCGUCACCACCUGUGACAGCAGCCUUCACAUGCCCAUGUACUUCUUCCUCAGGAAUCUGUCUGUCUUGGAUGCCUGCUACAUUUCUGUUACAGUCCCUACCUCAUGUGUCAAUUCCCUACUGGACAGCACCACCAUUUCUAAGGCGGGAUGUGUAGCUCAGGUCUUCCUCGUGGUUUUUUUUGCAUAUGUGGAGCUUCUGUUUCUCACCAUUAUGGCUCAUGACCGCUAUGUGGCUGUCUGCCAGCCACUUCACUACCCUGUGAUCGUGAACUCUCGAAUCUGCAUCCAGAUGACACUGGCCUCCCUACUCAGUGGUCUUGUCUAUGCAGGCGUGCACACUGGCAGCACAUUCCAGCUGCCCUUCUGUCGGUCCAACGUUAUUCAUCAAUUCUUCUGUGACAUCCCCUCUCUGCUGAAGCUCUCUUGCUCUGACACCUUCAGCAAUGAGGUCAUGAUUGUUGUCUCUGCUCUGGGGGUAGGUGGUGGCUGUUUCAUCUUUAUCAUCAGGUCUUACAUUCACAUCUUUUCAACCGUGCUCAGGUUUCCAAGAGGAGCAGACAGAACAAAGGCCUUUUCCACCUGCAUCCCUCACAUCCUGGUGGUGUCAGUCUUCCUCAGUUCAUGCUCUUCUGUGUACCUCAGGCCAUCUGCGAUAUCUGCAGCCACCCAGGAUGUGAUCCUUUCUGGUUUUUGUUCCGUAAUGCCUCCCCUCUUUAACCCUAUUAUUUACAGUCUUAGAAAUAAGCAAAUAAAGGUGGCCAUCAAGAAAAUCAUGAAGAGAAUUUUUUAUUCAGAAAAUGUGUAAGAAACCCGAGACGCUCACCCUAGGCUGUUUUGU